AGUCUUUUUAACUCCUCUUACCCCCAUCUGACCUUCUGCUCGGCCUGGUGGGGUUCUCAAAGUUGUAAUACAAAAUAGAAUUGUCAGUGCUUAGAGAUGAGGAAUUACCUCCUUUAGGAAGAUUAAUAAAGACUUCUUCGAGAGGCGGGCAUAGUUAUUUGUAUUGGACCUUUAAAGGCCAGAAGACAGACGAGUGGCGAUUGAAGGGGGAUUUGGGGGUUCUCUGGCGGUUGACUGACCCAAUAAACAAAGAACGGGCCUGAGACAGUGCAAAGGGAAGGCGGAUGGACUGCAGUCUUAAACAAGGCACCUGUGAUUUGUCAUCCAGUGGGCAGCCACUGGCAGGCACCAUUCAGUGGACACCUGAGACUUGCUGUGUAUCACAUGUCUAGCGCCGUUGGUGAAGUAGCAGACAAGAUGAUGGUAAUCUGUGUUGGGGGUGAAUGAAGAUGGAAGUUUGUAAUCAUGCCUAAAAUGAGAAUCUGGCAGCUCAAGUUGUUUCAAAAAGUAUUAAGAGCACAGCUGACACCGAAAACAAAAAUACACAACAUUCUGGAGACCCUGUCCAAAACCUGAAACAUUCAUACACUAUCAUGACUAGAGAUGUGGUAUGGUGUGUUCCUGUGGGCACUGGUGUCCUCCCUCUUCUUUCAUGUCCCCGCUGGAUUACUGGCCCUCUUCACCCUCAGACAUCACAAAUAUGGUAGGUUCAUGUCUGUAAGCAUCCUGUUGAUGGGCAUCGUGGGACCAAUUACUGCUGGAAUCUUGACAAGUGCAGCAAUUGCUGGAGUUUACCGAGCAGCAGGGAAGGAGAUGAUACCGUUUGAAGCCUUGACCUUGGGCACUGGACAGACAUUCUGUGUGGUGGUGGUCUCCUUUUUACGGAUUUUAGCUACUCUAUAGCAUACACCCUUAUGCUGUGAUGUCCAACCUAAGUUUUCUAGAAUCCUCAGAGAAUACAUGAUGGAGUGUAGUGUGUUUUAUUUCUUCAAGUGGAAGCAACUUGGUUCAACAGGAAUGUGAAGAACAUAUCAGAUAUUUCUUCAGUUUGAAGCUGUAGCCAUUGAAGAUCUUUUUGGACUCCUAUCAUUCUCAACCAAGACAAAACAAGUUUCUUGGCCUCUUUUUUGUAGAUUAAGUUUUACACACAUACUUUUACCUAAACCAGGCCAACUGUGCCUUUGGGUUGGCUUCCCUUACACUGGAAUAUCCCUUACUAUAUUUGGUGAGAAAAUCCAUAUUUCAUGAAUGUUGCAUAUUUCAGAGAAACUGGGCAAUAUUGGUGUAUUUAGCAUGAGCAGAAUAAGCUGCAUUAAAAUCUUAGUUGAUCUAAUCUUGAUUAAUAUUUGGGAAACUCUUCUUUCACUGUAUCUUCAUGACAGUAAAGCCAACUAGGUUUUGGUUGAGUAUAGCUUUGAGAGCAAAUUUGGUGAAAUGUAACAGGAAAUAAGUUGAAGUAUAACUCAAGUAGUGACUUUGGUUCCACCGUUAAAAUAUUUUAAGAGAUAUGAGUUUGUUUGUUUUUUUACAAUUGAUUAAAAGAAGCUAGCUAAUUGACUUUUUUUUUUUAAAGAGGGUUUUGUUAUAUUCUGGCCCCAAACUCCUGUGCUCAAGCAAUCCUCCUUCCUGGGCCUCCUGAGAAACUGGGACUACAGUAAUGCACCAUUACACCUGGCUGGCACUUUAAAAAAAGAAAGAAAGAAAGAAAGGAUUUCUAUACUUUUUCCUAUUGCUUUUUGUUUUAAAUUGUGGGUGGGCAUAAUACUUUAUAUGCAGUGCUGAGGAUGGAACACAGUGCCUCACGCAUGCUAGGCAAGUGCUCUACCACUGAGCUACAACCCUAGCCCUCUUAUUGCUUUUAAUUUGGCUUAUUUUAUUUAGUUUAAUUAGAAAUCUACAUACCCUCUGAAGCAGCUAAGUUGAAAAUUUUAAGCAAGAUUGUUUAGAAUAUUCUUUGGACACCGAGGCACAAAUAAGAUACUUAAAACAUUCUGCUAUAGAUUUUCUUAGUGACUGGGGUGGAUUAAUGACUUGAGACAAUUAUAGAAGUACAGCUGAAAAUAGCAUUGGUGGUUAUUGGUUCCUUAGUCCUGAUGUGUUUACCUGGUGGUGGCUCUUCAGCCACUUGUGCAGUAUUUUUGAGUGUCUACUCCCAUUAAGUGCCUGAAGUUUUAUUUUCAGAUCUGUCCCCAUUCUGCCCUUUACACUUCUUUUAAGAAAAUUGAUACCCCUAAAGACAAUUAAAUAUCAAGUUUUUUAAACUCGAUUUUAGCUAUUUUAAUUUUUAUCCUACUGCUUUUCUUUUUUAUUAAAAGGCCUGAAAACUUUGACCUUCAAAAGCAAGAACAUUGCAAAAAUUAAGUCAUUUGAUCCUUACCCCUAAACUGUUUGUGUAGAAUACAAUCAGUGAUGUUACCUGUUUUCAAAAUAACUUCUGAUCGUUAACCCUGACUUUCUUUAUUUCCACAUUUUUCUUGGUGCAUUAUAGUUGCACAUAAUAUUGGGAUUUGUUGUUACAUAUUCCUACGUGUGCACACAAUAUAACAAUAUAAUUUGGCCAGUAUCACUGCCCCCUCUACCUCUCCUUAAUUCUGACAUUUUUAAAGGAGAACUUUCAUUAUGAGAUUAAGGCUGACAACCCACGAGGUCAUAUGCACAUGAAUCUAUUCCAUUUAAAACAAAAUGCACUCUGGCUUCUGAUUAGAAGAAGCUAGGAGGACAUUUGCCAGUGGAAUUCAUAGAGAAAAAUUAUAAAGGAAUUACAAAAUUCACUGGACAUUUUCUUUUAACAAAUUAGACUGCUUGUUAAAACUAAUUGAGUGCAGCUGAAUUUCCUUUCAAAAUCCCCAACAAGAAACUCAAAUCUAAGCUGGGCAUGGUGGUGUACUCCUGUAAUCCCACUGACUCAGGAGGCUAAGGCAAGAGGAUCACAAGUCUGGGUCCUGUCCAGAGAACUUAGUGAGACCCCAUCUCAAAUAAGUGAAAAGGCUGGGGUGGUAGCUUAAUGGUAGAGCACUCUUGGGUUCAGUUCUCAGUGCUACAAAAAAAUAAGCUCAAAUCUUUCUUCCAAAAAAUAUUUAAAGAUUACAGUUUUCAGUUGAAAAGCUAUGAUUUUAGAAAAUAUCCCUUCAGUUUAAGAAAUAUGGGUAUUAUAUCCCUUCUUUUGGGAAAUGGUUUUAGAUCAUCUCUGUUGAAAAAAUGCUUUUUUCUUGCCUAAAACAUUCUUUUGGAUAUGUCACAAACAUGUGGGCCAGUAAUUGGAUCCUUCCCCCUGAAAUCUAAUUUUUCAACGUAUUGAUCCAUGAUUAAAAUGUUAGUUUCUUUUUUUCCUUUUUUAGAGCCAAGACAAAAAUUUAGGCAUUUUGAAAUUUAGGCAUCUGUUUCUUAUUUGAUUAUCUACUCUUUAAAAACUUCAAAUAUAAAUUGUAUCUUUAAAUUGCUAAAUGUUUCCUCCAUCCCAGUAUGUGAAGCAUUUUCCUGUGAAUAAAUGUAUAGAUUGCGCUGUGUAGCUUGAAAUGUUUUCAGGGAAAAACUAUUUGAAUGCUAAACAAAGAAUGUAUUCCACUUUGUUUUUCUCUUUUCCUCCCUUUUUCUUUCUCUCUUCCUUGUCUCAAAUACAGAUUUAUUUGCAGGUGGUUGCUCAGAUGGAAGAAUAUUGGCAUUUAUGUUGAACAUUUUACCUUAUAUAGUUUUUUGAGAACUUUUGCCAACAACUGACUUUCUUAGAGAUAGAUGUAACCACCACUCCCCUAGCUAUGCUUCCACUGCCCCCCCCCAACGGUUUUUUAAUGUGGGGAGGCAGCCCCCAACCAUUAAAGCUGAUUUCUUGAUUCUUUAAUAGGAUUUUGGGGUAAAGGCAUUUUGUGAACUUAAGUUCAUAAACAAAUGCAUAAUGAAUAUUAUGAGAAAGAUUUUUCUCUGUGCUAUUAGCUAUUUUUUUUUUUUUUUUGCAGCAGGAUACUAAUUUUCAUGAAACGUUUAAACUAGUGAGAAACAGUUAAUGCAAAUAAUGAACUUUAAAUCCUUCCUUAUGUUUUUUUAAGUUUUUACAUGGUAUGUUGACUUUUGAUUCCAAUAUCCUUUCUGACUGCUCUGGUUUGUAUAAAGUUCUUACUACACUGCAGCACACGCCUCCUGUCCCUGAGGAACCAUUUCCUGGAAUGUGAAGCCCUGGUGCCAUCAGUGAUCAACACGCAGAACGUUUUUGUGAACUUGCAUUUCUUUUUGUGCAUUCUGUAAGGCUGGUUGUGACCAAAUCAGCAUAACAUUUUGUAUUAGGUUAUUUCACUAACUGCAACAGUCAAAAGGAUCAAAUCUUUGUACAAUAGAAAAUUAUUUAAAUUUUAUUUUUCUACUGACAUUUCUAAUUCAAGUGUAAAUGUUUAUCAAUAAAGAAUUACUUUAAAUCCUGUGA